AUGUUAUCUCCGACCAAAUCUCCGGCGCUGAAUCGAAUUCCCGUCAGGAACCUCUUCUUCCUUCUGCUUUUCCUUUGCUUCGUUAUCUGUCUCCUCUUCUCCUUCAGCUCACAGUUCCCUUCUCUCGCUUACUCCUUUGGCUUAUCUUCCACUCGUCGCCGUCAUUUGCUCUUCUCUAUAGCUUCGUCUCACGAUUCCUGGCUCCGUCGUAGCUCAUACGUUCGUCUAUGGUACUCUCCUGAGUCUACUCGAGCUUUCGUUUUCCUCGAUCGAGGUGGAUUCGAGUUCGAUUCGAGUCUCCCUCCUUUGAUCGUCUCUGAAGAUGUCUCUCGCUUUCCUUACGAUUUCCCUGGUGGUCUUCGGUCGGCGAUUCGAGUGGCUCGCGUUGCUAAGGAGGUGGUGGAUCGUGGUGAUAAGGAUGUACGGUGGUUUAUCUUCGGAGAUGAUGAUACUGUGUUCUUCGUGGAGAAUUUGGUGACUGUUUUGUCGAAGUAUGAUUAUCGUAAGUGGUAUUACAUUGGAAGCAAUUCGGAGAGUUUUGAUCAGAAUGUGAGGUAUUCGUUUGAUAUGGCUUUUGGUGGUGGAGGAUUCGCCAUUAGUGGUUCGCUUGCUAGAGCUCUAAGUAAGGUUAUGGAUUCUUGUUUGAUGAGAUAUUCUCAUAUGUAUGGAGGUGAUUCCAGGAUCUUCUCUUGCUUAGCUGAGCUUGGUGUUACAUUAACUCAUGAACCAGGAUUUCAUCAGAUUGAUGUACGAGGGAAUCUAUUUGGAUUGCUAUGUGCGCAUCCACUAUCUCCAUUGUUGUCACUGCAUCACUUGGACGCAGUUGAUCCAUUCUUUCCAAAGAUGAACCGAACGGAAGCCAUGGCUCAUCUUAUCCGUGCUUCUAAUGUAGAUUCCGCAAGGAUUUUGCAGCAAAGCGUGUGCUAUGAUUCAUUAAACUCAGUGACGGUUUCUGUGGUGUGGGGUUAUGCAAUUCAAGUUUACCAAGGCAAUAAACUCCUCUCGGAUCUUCUCUCCCUGCAAAAAACCUUUUCUACGUGGAGGAGAGGGUCAGGCGUCCAAAGUAACUAUAUGUUUAAUACGAGGGAGUAUCUGAGGGAUCAUUGUGGUAGACCGCUGGUAUUUUUCUUAGACAGCGUUGGAUCUGAUGGAAGCAGAGGAACAUGGAGUAACUAUACCCGACAUAGCGUGGAGGAUUGUCACAGAGCUGAAUCUGUUAAGCAUCUAAAACAAGUCCGAGUACUGUCCCAUAAACUCGAGAUUGAUGUUGAACAGAUGAAGGCUCCACAUCGCCAAUGCUGUGACAUCUCUCCAUUGUAUAAGGAAUCUAUGGUCGUUAGCAUAAGGCAGUGUAUGGAAGAUGAGCUAAUUGCAAUGAAAAGUUAA